AAUAUCCGCUGUUCGAACGUCGGCGUCGCUGGUUUGACAAUAAUUGUUCGCUGCCCGUUCCCUGCUGCUGUUUGCUGGUGGCCAUCUGAGCGAAGAGAAGUCGGCGAGAAUUAUCAUCGUACGUGCGUUCGUGUGUGCGUGAUUGUGUGUGCGUGCGUGCGUGUACCCGCGCGCGAGUUCUACCGUGUCAGAGGUCAGCGUACGUAUUACAUACAUCUCCCGACGUCGGCUCCACGAUGAUUGACCUCCGGCUGGCGACGUUAGCGACGGUGGCGUUGUGUCUGUCAAGUGCAGUGAUUGCUCAGGAUGCUCAGCCUCCGGGUCCUGCUCAGGAUGCUCCGCUUCCGGGCGGCCAGCCUAACAUCCUGUCAGUGUCGGACAACGUCACCCUGCGGGAGGGCGACAUGCUCUCGCUAAAGUGCAAGGUGGAGAAUGCCGGAUCAGAUGCAAAUGUGGUUUGGUUUCAUAACUUGAUACCAGGAGUUUACCAAAGACUCAUUUCGUUGGGCGACAUCCGCGUUACGGUCGAUUCUAGGAUCUCAGUGGAAGUGAACACUGCCACUAACGAGUACAGCAUCAAGAUUGACGACGUGAAGAAGGAGGACGGGGGCGUUUAUCAGUGCCAGAUCACAACCAGCGUUCCUGUCACCAGGAGUGUGACCGUGGUCGUACAAACAAGGCCAGUGAUCAUAGACAUCCUCGGAUCUGAGCAAAUAUCCGAGGGCAUGACGGUCAACAUGUCUUGCAACGCCACGGGCAUCCCCGAACCAACGAUCUACUGGAAGAGAAUGAACAACAUACCUAUGCCUAUGGGCGACGUAAAAUACGAAGGUCAAUUUAUUACCAUCGUUAAUGCGACGAAGGAGGAUCGAGGAGUUUACACGUGUGUCGCGGAGAAUGGCAUAGAGGAACCCGAUAGCCGAGACAUCCCACUGCUUAUUACAU